CCAGGGUAAAUUGGCAUCGCUGAUAAUAUUCGUUUCCUACUGGCUUUAGUUUCUACAGAUUUGUAUUUUUCACAAACACUUGUGCAAAUGCGUAAUGAAAUGAGUUUUAUAGCUGAUACUAUAUACGUGUAUAUAAUAUUUUGUUAUAUAAUUAAAAUAAUUAAAAACAUAUAUGAAAUUUCUGUUUUUAAAGAAUAAUUUAUUAAUUCAAAUAAUCUUUGUUACAGAUUAAGCUGAACUACUUCUAAGAAUACCGACAUGUGGAUCUGCAUUUAUAUUAUUCUUCUAUGCCUUUCUGUUCAGUUCAUCGACGGAAGUAAAAAAGGAUGUGGAGGAACUUUAACUGCCGCUAGAGGAAUUAUAAGUACACCAAAUUUUCCAGAACCAUUCAAAGUACCUAUAAACUGCCAAUGGGUGAUCGACGCUCAGUUCAGCUCAUCCCACAACACUUCCAUCGUGGUCUACUUGACCCAACUCUUCGUCUACGAGGGCUUAACUUUCACGGAAUACCAAAUUUACGGAGAUGACUACAAAAUUAACCCGAAAGUAAUUCACAAAGUCAACGAGACGAAUAUUAGCAGAACCAGAUGGGUGAAAACUUUUCAAAGCUUUUUAGUCAUAGAUCUGAAACUCAAUACUGCGGAUAGUGUGCAUCUUAGAGUUUUGGAUAAAUUUUUGGACGUACACGGGUUUAAUAUAACUUAUGAAAUUACUACGAGUAGUGUUAGAAGCCAUUCUUGUACCAUGAUGGACUGUGGGUUUACCGGAAAUUGCUAUGAUUAUUAUACGUAAGUAGAACAUUCAGUUAAAUUGGAA